AUGAGUAUAGAGGUUCACGUGCGUAUUCGACCACAUGUCUCCAAUAGCGUCUGGUCAAGUGCGGAGACGGUGUUGUACAGCACACACAAUCCCAACACACGUUAUGUGUACAACAAAGUGCAUCAUAUUGGCACCUCAAAUCAAACUAUUUUUCAAGGCAUCGAAGCUCUUGUGCACGCUGGGUUUGAUGGCAAGAAUGUUACUGUGAUGGCAUACGGACAGACAGGAAGUGGCAAAACUCACAGUAUGAAUGGUAAUGAAUCUGAUCUAGGUAUUGUACCACGUACAGCAAAGUUGUUACUAGAUUUACGUAAGAACUUUCCCGGAACACAAAUUGUAAUGUACUUUACGGAAAUCUAUAAUGAGUCGGUGAAGGAUCUUCUUGAACCACAACGAGGGGAACUUGCACUACACGACGCCCCUGAUGGAGGUGUUUUAUUUGACAAGAAGUCUGUACCUAUUGAAACUAUGAAUGACUUUGCCAAAUUACAGAGUAUUGCAGAGCGAAAUCGAAAAUAUGGUGUUACAAAUUUAAAUGAUCACAGUAGUCGAUCUCAUAUGAUUCUUACCUUUGAAAUACACAGGGGCAGUCGACAAGUGAGUACAAUCAAUCUAGUUGAUCUUGCCGGUUCUGAGUCUGCUUCACGUGCCAAUACGGAGGGAUUAUCAUUACGUGAGGGUGGUUUUAUUAACAAGAGUUUACUUACACUUGGUAAUGUGGUGGAUGCGAUUGUAGAGAAGAGAACGUAUGUUCCCUACCGUGAUGCUAAACUGACCCGUAUUCUGCGUAAUUGCCUUGGUGGUUCUGGAAUGACCUUUAUUCUCUGCUGUAUCCAUCCUGGCCAGGAGAACUUUGAGCAGACAGUUUCCAGUCUUCGUUUCACACAGCGUGCGAUGCGAAUAAAGAACGACCCUGUGAUGCUGCUGAAUAUGCCUCCUCUCUUUACGCAUGAGUACAGCCAUGGCGCUGCCGAUCUUGUGCGUGGGAUUCGCGGUCUGUGUGGGUCGCACUACCAGCGCGGCCUGCGGGAGGCGUUCCUCUACGCCGGCGGCACUCUCUCCGCUGCCGUCUCGCAGCACGCGGGCGAAGUCUCCGGGGCGCUGCAGGCGAUGGCGACCGCCCAGCGGCUCCUCCUCGCCCACGACCACGCGGUGGCGGGGGAGCGGCUCGCCGGGGGCCACGCGCGGCUCGCGGAGGGGCGGCGGCGGCGGACGGCAGCGGGAGCGGCAGCGGCGGGGGCGCGGCGGAGGGGACGAGAGGCGGCCGCAGCAGCGGAGGAGCGAAAAGCGAAGGUGGCGAAACUCGAAGCGGCCGCCGCAGAGGCCGGAGCGGUCGCAGAUACCGCACUUGCAGGGUGGGAGUAUCAACUCUACGAGGCGAGACAACGCCGUAUUGCACCAGCAGUCACACUGAGGGCGGCAGAGGCAGCAGCGAGGCAGCGGUUGCAGUAUGAAUGGGCCGUCUGCGUGGAGCGCAUCGCCGCAAGAUGUGUGCCAGCCAUAAAAGCACUCGGACCUAUUACACAUCCUGUGGCGGACAAACAUGCCGUACUGGCGCAGAUGCGGCAACGACUGCAAAAAGCACGUAGUGAACUUGCUGACCUUACUGUAGCUCACGAUAUGAUUAAGGCAGAUCUCCCAGAGAUGCGUCGUGCGGUGGCGGCAGCAGAGGGCAGCCCGGCACCAUGUCCAACUCCAUCCGCUGCAUCCCUUUCCCCACAGCCACGUCCUAUCGCUGGUGCCAUUGAAGCAGAUGCAACCGAUACAGAGAUAGAUAACCGUAUUCAUGAAUUGGAGCGGGAGGAAAAGAUUCUCAUGUCACGGGCAAUGUGUGCAGCCAGACGGGAAAGUACGCGACGUAUUCGGGAAUCCCUUAGGGAACCAGGUCCCCAAACACCUCCCACAACGCGUUCUGCAGUUCGUCAUCAUGACUCAUCUCCACAGUCAUUAUCACAACAACAUCAUGAACAAGAACAAUCUAAACAUCAGGCUCGGGGAAUGUAUACUGGGGUAGUAGACACUUCCCCAACGAAUGCACGUGGUGGUACGGGUUGUUACUCAAGUCCGCUACCACAACGGAGCCCAACACCACGUACAGCACGCACUGUAUUCCCUACAGCAGAUAUGAGUCCUGAAGCGGAGUCAUUGAUACCCUCUGAUCUGAAAGGGGCAUCCCCACGUGAUGAGCAGUUUACGGAUGGAGUGCGCAGGGCCUUGGGUGUUUUGCGUGAUGUGCGGACCAAAUUGAUGCGUCCUGUGCAAGAGCGACAUCGACGGGCUGCCCAUAGACCAUCUGCAGCCCCCUCCCCCACACCAGAGACAGCACGCUCAGGUUCACGUCGUUGCCGCCGCACGGAAUCCCACACCCCACAGGAUGAUGAUGUAACCUUGGUGGAUCUGUACAUGCGGAAGGGUAAUAAUUUGAAGGAGGAGGAACCAAUUAUUGGUAUCGCCGCACGGAGGCGUAGAGAAGGGGCACCAGUGCGACCAAACGUAGAACGUGCACUAUGGCGUCUGUCGCUCUCACCAGCCACCCUUUCAAUAGAACCAACAGAGCGUAGUCGUUCUCGUCGUCGCUGA